GAGUCGUAUGUGCCUCAGGAUGAGAGAGAUGCGUUAGCCAGAGAGCUAAUGGCAAUGGAGGACCCCAUGGAACGACGAGAAAGAGAAGAGGAGCAGAAGUUGGAAUGGAAAUUGAGAAUGAAGAGGGAGAAGAAGAGAAGGAGGGAGGAAGUCACUAGGCUGACUGCAGAAGUGGCAAAGGUGAAGGACUGUAGGCAAGAAGUGGAGGCCCAGGCAGACGACAAGGCCAAAUGGGAUAAGGUGUUGGGGUACCUGGAGGUGCUGAGCGCAGCGUGGAUGGAGGAGCGCCAAGCUAGUUGGGGUCAAGAGGUAGCCUUGAGUGCCAUGCGGUCGGGACUUAGGGACUUUGCGCGCGAUAUGGUUACCCAUGUUGGGGGAGAAGUCAGGAAGUUGAGAGACAACGUGGGAAAGUUCUACGAAGGUGCCAUUGAAGGUGCCAAAGCGAUAGCCGCUGUAGAGAGUGAGGCCAAACCCCGUAAAGAGCCCGUAAAGAUCAAGUUCCCAGAUGCAUACGGGGGAAAGAAGGAGGAGAACUUUGACAACUGGGAGGCCAGUGUCAACAAUUAUGUGUACUUACAACAUAUCCUGACAGAGGAGCAAGUCCUCGUAGCUUUCCAGGCCCUCAAAGAUGAAGCGGCUAGUUUUGCCAGGUCCCUUGCGCGCGCAGCCGGUUGUGAAAACAACAUGGUUGCAUAUUCCAAGAUCACCAGCCUUCCUCAAUUCUUCAAAGUCCUGAGGGAGAGAUUCGCUGCCCCAACGAGAGGCGUUAGAGCCUCUGACAAGUUACAGACGAUCCACUCGCGACAGUGGAGGAGUGCGAGAGCACUCAAGGGCGUUAUGGACGACUUGGUAGUCGUCCCAGACCAUGGGGUCACUGAGACCCAAUUGGUCCUGUUAUUUUAUCGUGCCAUGCCAGAGGCCCUGCGUGGGCAUUUCUUUGACAAGUCUCAAUAGGUCGGCAUCACUUAUGAUGCGUUGAGUAGGGAAGUGGUCCUGUAUGAGUCAAAGUCCAUGCCAGUUACCACUUUC